GGAGCCGCGGCCGCAGCGCGGAGCUGGACAGGGGGCUCCCGCCUGGGCGCGCGAUCGCCUCUCCCGGGGGCCUCGCGGGCGCCCUCUCCAUCGCCCGCCUCGCCCACCCAGCCUGCAGGCGCCGCGGCCGUGGCCUGGGCUUGAGCGGCCGCAACUAGCUACGCCCUGCCCGGGACGGACGCCGGACCGCCCCGUCACGUGCGCCCAAGUCCUCGGCCGGCCGGGGCAGCGCCGUUCCCAUGGUUCAAGGCCGUUGAUGGAGACGGGGGCGGAUGACAGCCGGGUCGGUGGUGAUCACUGGUGGUAUCUUGGCGACGGUGAUUCUCCUCUGCAUUAUCGCGGUCCUGUGCUACUGCCGGCUCCAGUACUACUGCUGCAAGAAGGACGAGUCGGAGGAGGACGAGGAGGAGCCUGACUUCGCCGUGCACGCCCACCUGCCGCCACUGCCCCCCGGCCGCAGCCUGGUGCUGCCCAACGGGCCGGCCCUCUACCCGGCCGCCUCCACCUCCUUCAGCGAGCGGUCCCCGCGCACCCGCACCCUCUGCCGCAGCUGCUCCCACUACGAGCCGCCCACCUUCUUCCUGCAGGAGCCCCCUGAGGACGAGGACGUGUGCAACGGCGGGGACCGGGUGGUCUACCAAGGCGUCGGCCAGGAGGACAUGGAGCCGCCCCCCGGGGGCUUCGGGGAGCUGCAGGCGCUCAACCCCAACCGCCUGUCGGCCAUGCGGGAGGCCUUCGCCCGCAGCCGCAGCGUCAGCACUGACGUCUGAGCUCCCGCCCUGGACGGUCCCGAGACCACGGGGCAUUUCUGGGGGGCGCCCGCCUGGGCCAGGGCUGGGCCGAGCCCUCCUUGAAGCCCUGAUGCCAGGGGGGCCCCGGGCAUGGGGGGCUUUGGGCCCCGCCCUCGGGGAGCGCCCAGGCUCAGUGCAGGGGUGAGGCUCAGGGCACGGGGGCGCCUCCCAGGGUCAGGGUCGCUUGGGUCUGGGACCUGAGGGGCACCAGGCCGGAUGCAGGCCCGGGUGGGCGGCAGCCCCCAGGGGAGGGGCGGCCGGGGGCCAGGCAGGGGCCUUGAGCGCGGGAACCAGACUCCUGAGGCCGAGGCUCCCAUCCCGUAAACGCAUCAGGGAAAGGCGGCCGCCACUCCCCUGCAUGGCCUUGGCCGGGUCCCUCCCUCUCUGGGCCUCACCUGGCUACCUGUUCAAGGUGAGGGUGACCACAGCCAUCCUGCAGCACGGGCUUCCCUGGUCAUCGGGGCCAAGUGAGGGUUCUGCCCUCCACCCUGGGCUCCCGGCCACCCCUCCCUCCCUCCCUCUCCCUCCCCCGUCUCCAUC